UAAGAAAACUUCAUUAUAGGAUUAGAAAGAGGUUUGAUAGAAAAUCUAUCUAGAAAUACUUCACUGUCACAUUUCUGCCAUUGUAGUAGACUAGAAGAAAGUUCAAAUUACCUGUCAUUAGUGUUCCGUUUCGAACGAAAUUCAAAUCUUCACUUCACAUCACUCGCUUAGCUUGGAGUGAGCCCCGGCAACAAUAUACUUUUCUACUAACUUUUCUACGCGGGUGAUGCCUUCCACAGAGCAUUAUUCCACGAUGAAGCCAUCUUCGCUGACAGCCCGCAUUCGCCAGAUCUGGAUCCUGUCCAGCUGGCUACGCCAGGAGGCGGCGGCUGCUGCUGCCAUGCUGGUGGUGCGGCGCCACCAGGUGCAGCUGAAGGAUGAGGAGAGCGAGCGUCGGGCCACAGCCGAGGAGGCGGAGUGCAAUCACUCCCUGGGCGUCGACUCCCAGGGCAGACUCCGGGCCGUCCGUAUGCUCGACGACUACAUCGUGCCCUUCGAGUGCGCCCUCUGAUCUCUGAUCCUCACUAUUGAUUCUCCUGAUCCCUAACUGGUUGUAUAUGAUGUGCCUUAUUGCUAAGUUACCUGUUCCCCAUUCACGAUGCCCACAACCCUUUGUAUCCUUUGGUCGUCAGGUGCAUUGAAAUUGGAUUUUUUUCAAAAUUUUGGUUUCCAGCCAAGAAUUCCAUAUAUCUUAUAUUACAUUCAUUCAUUCCCAGGACAUCAGGACCAGGACAUUAUAGUUUAAUAAAUUGAGUUUGUUUUAAA